GGAACGAACCUAUCACAGUCGCCGAAAGUUCUGAUGCGGAAGAGACGAGAGAUGGAAUCGGUUGGUCGUUGGUUGUAGACUAGUUAACGUUAUUUAUUCUCAUUUACGCCAUGGAUCUAUGUUUUGGAAAAAGGGGGGGUGGAAAAUGCUGUAUUUUCCUUUCUAUUUUGUUACAUUCCUGGUUUGGAAUGGUGUGUUCUUUCGGACAGACCCAAGACAUCGAAUUCACCUUCCUCUUGCAAGCCGGAACCACUGAGUGUUUUUUCCAGACCGCUAAGAAUAAUGGGACGAUGGAGGUCGAGUUUCAGGUGAUCUCUGGAGCAGGUAUGGAUGUAGACUUCACCAUUCUCUCCCCCCAAGGCUUCCAGCUUAUCUCUGAGUUCCGACGUUCUGACGGAGUCCACAUGGUGGAGCCAACGGAGGCUGGAGACUACCAAAUCUGCUUUGACAACAGUUUUAGUCGCUUCUCGGAGAAAAUUGUGUUCUUUGAGGUUAUAAUCGAGGGUCAAGGAGGAGAUACUGCGAUGGACGAGGAGUUGGGGGGGCUAGUGGAACCAGACGGCAGCUUACUGGAGUACAAACUGGAAGACAUCCGGGAGUCCAUGGACUCGGUGCACCGCCGCCUGGAGCGCAGCCGGCAGAUGCAGACGGCGCUGCGGGCCUUUGAGGCCCGGGACAGGAACCUCCUGGAGAACAACCUGUGGAGGGUCUCCUUCUGGUCCGCCGCCAGCCUGCUGGUGAUGCUCUGCGUGGCCUUCACACAGGUGUAUACAGUCCGUAAGCUGUUUGAGGACAAGAGGAGGGUCUGCACAUAGACGUCCCCAUGGUGACACGCAUCACGAAACAAACUGAUGGCCGAGAAGAGCCUUUGGUUUUCACUCUGUCAUGCCAUCCUCUGGCCUACAUCUGUGUACUGUUGCAUCACUGAGCGGGCACCACAAUCAUUUUAUCGAAUACAAUUUUAUGCCGUUUUUUUUUUUCGUGUUCAUGAUCACAUGUAUAAAGGUACAGUUUAACAGAUACACAACAGAACUGCUGGCCUGCGUUGACUCCCGUCGGUGGCUUUAUUCCAAAGGUCAUGCCACCAAUGCUUCUGCUGAAUACAGCUAAAGGAGGGCUAAAUGUCAAUAUCGGCAAUCAUUUAUAUUUUCUGUAAAAGUCCUGCUGUUUAUACUUCAUGAAUACAUAGCCUACGGUUCUGUUAUUUUACAACGUAAGGGAUAAGAAAUAGGCCAAAAGACACAAUCACUGAUAUGUGAUUGGUUUGUACUACUGGGAUGUCCGUCUUCACGUUAUGAAAGAUUGGAGGGAUGUCUGAAUGUGCAAUACUAUUGUCUCUGCUCUUCUAGACAGCGGGAUCUCACUGCGUCAUGUGACCUAUGCUCAGUGGCCUCUUUUAUUUCCUCAACUGCGGUUUAGCUGGUUUGGUGCUCACUUUGUCUUUGUAUGGUUUUUCCUUAUGUGCUAAUCUGUCGUCAUAAGGGACUUGAGAAAUUGAUCGAUUUGACCUAGCCUUACAUGCAGCACUAGCGGAAAAGGAUAUAUGUAAAUCUGGGGUUUUUUUCACACAAAAAAAUAAUUGUUUUUAUGGAAAUUUAUGCAUCUUCUGAAGGAUCUGUUUACUGAUUUUAGGACAUUUUGAUUGUACUUGAAACGUUUUGAGGAGUAUUCCAUCGAUGUGACUUUCAUUUUAUACUGUGCAUAAACAUUGGCAGUAAAUCAUUUUAAUAAAGGCAGUUUUUCACAA